AGGUCAAAUCUACGAUAUGUAGAAAAUAUAUUUCUUCAACUACCAUACAUAUUUUAAUUAUAUUUUACUGUUUCUAAUCUUAUUUGGUUUAUGAUGUUUUAAUAAGCUACCAGUUUAUCACCAAGAUGUAUGUUUGGUGCUACACGACAAGAAAUGUGUGUAUAUAUAUAGAUCCCAAGAUACACCCAUUAAAGUUUAAACAAUAAUAAUAGUUGUCUCAAAGAGUUCAAAACAUUGAUAAAGUGAUGGUGGCUAGUGAACAAAAGAAGAGGGCAGGCCAUGGGAAACCUCAUUUUCUUACAAAUCUCACCCACUUUAAACUUAGUAUCCAUGAACAUAGUAUGGUGAUUAAGGAGGUUCUUCUAUACAUAACCAUGCUCAAACUCGAGAUAGAAGCUUUGCAGAGAGAAUAUGAAGAUUUGAAAAUUAUCAAAAAAGAACCUUUACAUCAGUUUCAGGUGGUGAAGGUAGAGAAGAUUGGGGAAAUGUUUCAAGUGAAAAUAAAAAGUCCAAAGGGAGAAAAUAAUAUUGUUAACAUUCUUGAAGCAUUUGAAGAAAUGGGGUUGAGUGUGGCUCAAGCAAGGGUAUCGUGCCUAGAUUCAUUUGCCAUGGAAGCCAUUGCUUCACCUCAGUGGAAAGACAAGCUGUGUAGUGUGGAUGAUUUUACUCAAACUCUUCUCAAAGCUGUUGUCAAGUCAAGUGCCCCAAUGUAACAUUUAGAAAAGAUUAAAAAAAAAAGAAAUUAAGGACUUUAAGGGGAAAAAAAAAGAAGCUCAAGAAUGUGUUUCAUUUACUGGUGAGAUGCAGUAACAUGUCCAUGCUUCUAAAGUUUUAAGGGAGUUUGAAAAAUUGAGACUUUUUAAUAUAUUUUUAAACGGUGGCUA